ACCAUGAGCCAGGCGGAUAUAUCGUGCUCGGCGCCGCAGAGAGUCUUCCAGGAGGCGGUGAAGAAGGGCAACACGAAGGAGCUCCAUUCGCUGCUGCAGAACAUGACCAACUGCGAGUUUAACGUUAAUUCGUUCGGCCCCGAGGGACAGACGGCGCUGCAUCAGUCGGUCAUCGACGGGAACCUGGAGCUCGUGAAACUGCUGGUGAAGUUCGGAGCCGAUAUUCGGCUGGCUAACCGGGAGGGCUGGAGCGCGCUGCACAUCGCCGCUUUCGGAGGACGCCAGGACAUCGUGUUGUACCUCAUCACCAAGGCCAAGUACUCCUCCGGCGCGCGGUGAUCCGGUAGAAGCACGCGGAAAGACCGGGCUCGUUUCAUUCUAGCGUUGUGAUCUGCCAAGCUCGAGUUCCCUUGUACCUUAAAACCAAAUGAGGGCUGUAGCCUUUUUCUUUCCCGUGUCAGAUCUGGCGAUGAGAGAAUCUGAAACGCAUGCUGUUUGGGAUGCGCGUUGGUACUAUAGCUUUUUAUUGAAUGUUUAAGUCAUCAGAUCUGGACUGUGUGGCUUUACCAGGGCUUGACCUGUUGACCUGGAGACAUCGAGAUGGCACUUGAUGCUGUGGCUGAAUGCUGGAAUAGUGGCAAGAGGUGAACUCCAGAAUGAAGGCCAUCCUCUGUUUUGGCUAGACACUGUCUUUUAAUACGAACCGUAAGUCGUUUCAUCAAUCAAAUCGUGUGGCAUUGGUGACCAGUGCUGAAAUAUGUCCUCGAAAUAACAAGUGACUUAUUCCUAAGUACUGUACACAUAGCUUUACUGUGUUCUUUCUCUGUACAAGUAGUCUAUUGCGCUCUGCCUUCAGCUAGCAGACGGCUUCCACACAGCUUUCAGGCCAGUGCGACCCAUGUCUAUGGUUAACAUGUUACUAAAAACCGCUGCUUUCGCUU